AACUUGACAACGAGUGGAGGCAUUUCAGCAGAGAUCUUGGCGCUGUCAAAGGUGCUGAGAGCUAGCAAAUUGGAGGGGUGAAGGCUGUCUCAUUUUCAUUUAACUUGGUCAACAAGAUGCCAGGACAAAAGAUUGAGACUGGUCACCAGGAUACAGUUCAUGAUGUGGCAAUGGACUACUAUGGCAAGCGUCUUGCAACAGCUUCUUCAGAUAACACCAUUAAGAUAAUUGGUGUUAGUAACUCAAACUCGCAGCCUCUUGCAACUCUAAGCGGUCACCAAGGACCAGUAUGGCAAGUAGCAUGGGCACACCCCAAGUUUGGGUCCCUUGUUGCGUCAUGCUCCUAUGAUGGAAAAGUCAUAAUAUGGAGGGAAGGGAAUCAGAAUGAGUGGAGCCAGGCCCAUCUUUUCGGUGACCAUAAAGCUUCUGUGAAUUCUAUUGCAUGGGCUCCUCAUGAGCUGGGCCUUUGUUUGGCAUGUGGUUCCUCAGAUGGGAACAUAUCAAUUUUUACUGCGAGGUCUGAUGGCAGUUGGGAUACAUCCCAGAUUGACCAGGCUCACCCGGUUGGCGUUACCUCCGUCUCGUGGGCACCAUCAACAGCUCCCGGUGCUCUUGUAGGUUCUGGUGUGCUCGAUCCUGUUCAGAAGCUUGCCUCUGGAGGAUGUGAUAAUGCGGUGAAAGUGUGGAAGCUUUAUAACGGAAUCUGGAAGAUGGACUGCUUCCCAGCUCUUCAAAUGCAUACCGAUUGGGUAAGAGAUGUUGCAUGGGCACCCAAUUUGGGACUCCCAAAGUCAACAAUUGCUAGUGCUUCUCAAGAUGGAAGAGUUAUCAUAUGGACCGUGAUGAAGGAGGGUGAUCAAUGGGAGGGUAAAGUUUUGAAGGAUUUCAAGACCCCUGUUUGGAGAGUCUCAUGGUCACUGACAGGAAAUAUACUUGCCGUGGCAGAUGGCAGUAACAACGUGACAUUGUGGAAGGAAGAAGUGGAUGGAGAGUGGCAGCAGGUGACAACAGUUUGACUUUUGACUUCUUCUCAGCAGUAUG